AGAAGCAAUUUUGGUAUUAUUAUAUUCCAUUGACUAUAUUCUUUCAUUCCCCUCUAUAUAUAUACACUUGAUACCUUCUCCUUUCCGCACUCAAACCAAGACUUGAUCAACAAUCAUCAAAUUCAACACACCUCUGUUUUUCUCUAUAGCUUGCAACAUUUAAUUCCAACAAAAUCAAAUUAAUAAAAGCUUUAGCUAAUUUUAUCAAUUGUGAUGGGAAAUUACGUUUCAUGCACCUUAGCACCACCAUUGAUGAGGAAUGCAAAAGCAACAAGAGUAAUUCUUCCAACUGGAGAAGUCAAACAAUUUAGAGAAAUCAUGAAAGCUGCAGAACUUAUGUUAGAGAAUCCUAAUUUUUUCUUAGUUAAUUCUCGAUCUCUUCAUAUUUCUAGAAGAUUCUCUCCUCUUGCUGCUGAUGAAGAAUUGGAAUUUGGAAAUGUUUACAUAUUUUUUCCUAUGAGAAGACUUAACUCUAUGGUUACCGGUGCUGACAUGGCGGUGCUUUUUUUGGCGGCGAAUUCGGCUGCGAAACGGUUACGUGCUGGAAAGACACGUGUACAACCGGAUGAGAGUAAUUCAGAAGUUGUUAAGGGUGAUGAUGAUGGUGUUGUUAAUGAUCAAAACGACUGUGUUCCGAGGUUGAGUUUGGAAGGUGUGGAUUCUGGGUUUAGUUAUAGGUUAAGUUAUUGUAGAUCAAAGAAACCUAUUUUGGAGACUAUAAAUGAAGAACCAAUUAGGUCAAGAUAAAUGAAUUAAAUGUAGACUAUAAAUUCAAGUUAGUAGAUUAUCAUUAUCAAUGUUUCAAAAAUCAAAUUAAACCGCGAUUUAAUCGAUUGAACUGUAUUGUCUGUGAUUCAGUUAUUUGAAUUGUUCGGGCACAGUUUUGUCUGAAUUCGAACGAUUUAAAACAGCUUAAAAGAUUUCAUUGAUUUGAUGUCUAGUUUAGAUUUGAAACAUUGAUUAUAUUAUGUAGUGUGAUAUGAUAGAUUUGUGAUGAUGUUAAUAGAGUUCGUUACAGAGAAUAUUUAGGUAGAAAUAGAGAUUAAUUUGGUUGGUUCAUAUGAGGUAGGUGUGGCUAUAUUAGUUAUUGAUCAUUGAUCUGUACAAAAUUCAUUUGUGGACUGAACAAGUUUGCGCGUUAUUCA